ACCAGAGGCCCUCUGAGAUCAUGUGAGUCCUCCAUGGAAAGGAAGCAGUUCCAGGGAGAGUCAGGUUCCAGCUAGUUAGGGCUGCCAACCUAGGGCUUUGUGCCCACACCUCACUAGGCCCAUGGAGAGGUCACAGGAGAUGGGCCGUGCACGGGCAGAUGGGCCCCAAAAAAUCUUGGCUAAGUCACUUUUUUCCAUUGCCUGAGGUUUGGCUGUUGCUCCUGUUAUCCCAAGCUCUAAGCCCUUCCCAUGGUCCCCAGACCCAGGCAGGGGUCGGCCUCGUUUGGAGUGUCCCGCUGCCAAGUGCCCUGAGAAGCCAGUCCUGCCGUGGUGCUCCACUGAGGGACGCUUCGGAGUUAACGACCGUGCACCUGUUCCCGACCCGGGGCUGGGGCGCGCGCAGGGCAUUGUGGGUGCAUAGUUCAGCUAGCGCGUCGUCGGCUGCCAGCCGCCGUCGCCUGCGCGCUCAGGCCUCUGGAAUUAGUAGUUUUAGCCUCGUGGAUGGCGGGGCGCCUCGCGAAGAUGGUGGCGCGCGCGGCGUGUGGUUCCCGUCGUCUAGCCAAGUCUCAGCGCAGCGCACCGGCCGGCGUCUCGCUGGCCUGGAGCCCACACCCACCGGGUCCCUGACCCCGCGCCCGGUUCCCGGCAUGCCUCGCGCCCGUAAGGGCAACACGCUCCGGAAGGGUGGUCAGCGCCGUGGAGGAGGUGCCCGGAGCAGUGUCCAAGCUGACUCGGGUUCCAGUGAUGAUGAGGCAGCCAGUGAGGCCCGCAGCACUGCCAGUGAAUGCCCUAGCCUUCUCAGCACCACUGCAGAGGACAGCCUUGGGGAGGAUGUCGUGGAUGAGCAGGGCCAGCAGGAAGACCUUGAGGAAAAGCUGAAGGAGUAUGUGGACUGCCUCACAGACAAGAGUGCCAAGACCCGGCAGGGUGCUCUCGAGAGCCUGCGCCUGGCCCUGGCGUCCCGCCUACUCCCCGACUUCUUGCUGGAACGCCGCCUCACACUAGCCGAUGCCCUGGAAAAGUGCCUCAAGAAAGGGAAGGGCGAGGAACAAGCCCUGGCUGCUGCUGUGCUAGGCCUGCUCUGCGUGCAGCUGGGCCCUGGACCUAAGGGUGAGGAGCUGUUCCACAGCCUGCAGCCUCUACUGGUCUCUGUGCUCAGUGACAGCACAGCUAGCCCUGCUGCCCGGCUCCAUUGUGCUUCUGCCCUUGGCCUGGGCUGCUACGUGGCUGCCGCCGACAUCCAGGACUUGGUCUCUUGCCUUGCCUGCUUAGAAAGUGUUUUCAGCCGGUUCUAUGGCUUGGGCAGCUCCACAAGUCCUGUGGUUCCUGCCAGCCUGCACGGCCUACUCUGUGCUGCCCUGCAGGCCUGGGCAUUGCUGCUCACCAUCUGCCCCAGCACCCAAAUCAGCCACAUCCUUGACAGGCAGCUGCCCCGGCUGCCCCAGCUCUUGUCCAGUGAAAGUGUGAACCUGCGGAUCGCUGCCGGUGAAACCAUUGCACUGCUCUUUGAGCUUGCCCGGGACCUUGAGGAGGAGUUUGUUUAUGAGGACAUGGAGGCCCUCUGCAGUGUCCUGCGCACUCUGGCCACUGACAGUAACAAGUACCGUGCCAAGGCCGAUCGUCGGCGCCAGCGCUCUACUUUCCGUGCCGUGCUGCACUCCGUGGAGGGCGGUGAAUGCGAAGAAGAGAUAGUGCGCUUCGGCUUUGAGGUGCUCUACAUGGACAGCUGGGCUCGGCACCGGAUCUACGCUGCCUUCAAGGAAGUGCUGGGUUCGGGCAUACACCACCACCUCCAGAACAAUGAGCUACUCCGUGAUAUCUUUGGCCUGGGCCCUGUGCUGUUGCUGGAUGCCACUGCCCUGAAGGCCUGCAAGGUUCCACGCUUCGAGAAGCACCUGUACAAUGCUGCCGCCUUCAAAGCCCGGACCAAGGCUCGAAGCCGUGUGCGGGACAAGCGGGCAGACAUCCUGUGAAGCAGGACCUGCUGAAGAGGAGACUUUCUGUGCCCUUGGUCCGUAUUUCUAACAGAAGACAGUGCAACAGCUGGUCUCCACCAGUAUUUGUCACUUUAUUUUUUUAAUGACAAAACCAAAAACAGACAUGGGGUGGGUAGCUGGGGGCCCGGACACUUGGGACCCUGGCCCCUUUGUCCCUGCACUCAGCCCUGUGGCCUCUUCCUGUCCUGUCUCAGGCCAGGCUAAAUAUGUGCCUGCCUCAGGGCUGUGGGGCAGGCACUAGGGGGUCUUUCCCUUCCUUUCCUUUCUCAGGCCUUGCUCCCCCAGGAUGACCCACUCUUAGGGGGGUGGUGGCAUCUGGACAAAUGCCACCAUAGCAGGUGGGGAGGCAAAGCUACCUGGAAUGGAUUUGUGUGCUGAUUUUUAAAGAUUAUUACAGAUAAUUAAACAGAACGGUCAGCCUUC